AUGAUCUCCUCCAGUCAAGGGGGGCCCAAACCCCGAGGAGGCGCGAAGCGGGGUGUUGCUGAACUGCGAGGAAUUGCGGUCGCCACAGCCACAAAUGCGCAACUUCGCGUGUUGAGUUAUAACUUUAACAUCCUCCCCAGGGGUUGUGGCGGCUUUCAACGGGAACGCAUCAGCUCGUUUCUUGAGACUGUCGACCAAUAUGAUGUGAUAAUGCUGCAGGAGGUCUAUGCAGCCAGUGUGUUGCCUUACUUUCUGCAGAACCGCAUGUGCUUUCAGAAGAUGCUGGUGGACGAGCUGGUGCUUCGUGGUUUUCAGCACUACGCCAUAUCGAAGCAGCCAUCGUACACUACUAUGUUGCGCAAUAAUGUUUUCUCAGACAAUGGACUUAUCAUUGCAUCGCGGUUUCCAAUAGGCCAGCGAGGGUCGUACACGUUCCGCAGCCACGAGCGUGCGGUGCAGUCUGUUCGACGAGGUUGCCUGUUUGCCGAGGUGAAGGUGCCCUUGACCAGUGGUGGGGAGGAGUCAAUAAUUUUCUUUAAUGUACAUCUUCGACAGGAGGAUAGCGAUGACGUAACCUCAGAGCACGUAAAGGAAACACGCCAGUUUGCUGCCUCCGUCAUUCGAAACAUGUGCUCAAACCCUGAAGAUGUGGCACAAAUUCCCUUUGUUUUGGCUGGAGACUUUGAUGUUAACGGUAUCAAUUUACACAACGUUGGUCAACCCACAAAAAAGUAUGAGGAUCUUUUGGGCGAACUGCAGGCUCUCGGGUCUGGUGUACGUGAGGCCGUGUUUGAUGCCCAGCACCGCCAUCCGCCAACAAGACCAACGGAGUUGUUCUUCCCGACACAAUCAAAGUUGGUUCGCAAUUCCUUUUCGCCCCAAAGGCAAGACUACUUCUUCGUCUCGCACACCGUUGCCGUUAAGAAUCCGGAUAUCCACAAGUUUGUUUCAGACAGCCAGCAGCCGUAUACAUACCUCUCCGAUCAUUUUGGCGUCUCCGCCGUACUUGCAAUCCCCCAAACGUCGAAGCAAAGACACAAAAGAUGGAUGCCGCUCACUGAGUCAAAUGCACCAGAAUCCGAAGAAACGGUUAACGAACACUCAAACCCCAUAUUCAGUAUCAUAGUGGAGAUCAUCGUUCUAUGUACCGUGUCGUGGGCGGCGUUCUGUUUUAGCUGGGUUGCGCUUUUGUUCUCCCUGCUUGUGGGUGUGCUUGUUUGGUACUGCCUUUCUCCUAUCCAUGAGCUUAGGAGCGAACGGAAAUUCACGCGGGUGGGGAACAGCAAUGCACAUGGAGGGGAAGGUUGUGUGUCGGAUCUGCCGCGAGAGUACGAGAGUCUGAAACAUGCCAACAGUGUUGGUGAAAUGUGGAGGCGGGCCGUGUCUCUCCACUCAGCGCAGAGGUGCCUCGGACAAAAGAACGAUGCCGGUGUGCCCGAGUGGCUCACAUUUGUGUCUGUCGAUGCGCGGGCUCAAGAGUUGGCCUCCGGUCUCGCUGCUCUUGGUGUUGGCCCCGGUGAUGUCAUCGGUGUAGACUGUGAUGCCAGUGUUGAUUCAACUGUUCUUGAACUGGCUUGCGCUACAUACGGAAUCGCAACGUUGGCUUUGGUGGGAAAGGGCUCUACAAUUAGGAAUCUCAUUGAUGAAUAUGAUAUUAAGGUAGUUUUUGCUGCCCGCAAUGCCGUUGGGGCGAUAUUGACUUGCCGAUCACGAUCUUUAGAGACGCUGGUGUGUAUGCAUUCUUCCCACGAUAGUACAGACUGCAUGGUUGCACGCGAUGUUUGCAUAACGCUUAUUUCGUACAACGAAGUCUUCAGUAAAGGGCGAUCACAACCUGUCUUGUUGCGGCCCGUGUGCGAUGACACCACCCUUUACACUAUGGUGGUUGAUCCUUCGACCUCCAAUGGCAAUCUCAAAGUUGUUCGGGUGACCCACGCAGAUGCCCUUCGUGCUAUUCGCACGCUUGUUGGCACUGCCGUGCUCCCAAAUACUCAGCAUAAACACCUACUCGUACAUUACACUCCCUUCGCGAUGCUGUUCAACCGUUUGUUUGUACUGGGGCUCUUUGCUCACGGCAGUGCUGUGGCAACGACGCCGGUGGCGGCAUGUGCGAGAGCGUUUGCCACGAUACAACCCACCAUCGUGGUAGCAACACCCUCGUUGUUUUCAACGAGUGCUGUCCAGUUGCGACGCAGGAACGAGCGUUAUUGGCCCAUCUUCUCAUGGAUCUUCGAGCAGAUUUACCAUCUCCGGCUUUUUCUCAUCAAUACCCACAACCGAGAUUCACUAAUAUUGCGAACAAUCUUCUUCCGCGGGACACAGCACCUUUUUGGUGGGAAUGUCGAAAAAAUCGUUGUGUGCUCUUCUGAAGAAAGCUUAUCCGACACACUAGCAGAGCACAUCGUUGUUUGUUACACCCCGUGCUUGCGGGAGGUAUUUUUUCUGCCCUCUGAGGGAGUUUUUUGUGUGGAUGGGGUUCCAGCACCCAACAUUCACGUGCACCUUGAGCCGUUCGACGAACCCUCAAAAGAGGCGAAAAUCGGAAGCCUGGUACUCAGUUGCGAGGGCAGAAAGGAGCGAACCCUUCCCAUAGCGGCGAUGUGGACUGGUACUCGAACGCUUCGACUCAUCGGACCUCCCGACGGCGUUUUGUUACCUGUAAGAUCCGAGUACGUGCUGGCGGCGUCUUUGGAGCGUGUAUUUUCCCAAUCACGCUACGUCAACGACGUUUUUCUGUAUGCCGAGCCGUCGCGCCCCAUUAUUGCCAUCAUUUCACCCAAUCGUGAUACCGUUGAUUUCGAGUGGAGGCAAAGCCGGGAAGGGGAGGUCGCCGGUGAAGAUAAUCUGCUAUCGAACUGGGCGAAGUUCGCCAGCUUUGCAUCCGAUCUUCUCACGGCAGACUUCCAAGUGAUUGCAAAGAGGAACGCACUGCACGAGUCGAAUGUCCCUUCAUAUGUGCACAUCCACCCCCAUGCGUUUAAGAAGCAUGACAGUUUUUUGACCCCGUAUGGGGGAAUCCGUCGGAAUUCACUGAAAUCGUACUUCAAGGUUGUUAUCGAAGGGUUUUACAACGACGCAACCCCGACCGCCCUCCCAACACCAGGUCAAAUAAUCGAAAGCGACGAGGAGGGACAAGCCUAUGAGAGGGAUCAGAAGCCGUUUUCACUUAAUACGCCAAUCUCGAUUGAUGUUGGGGGAACAUUCGCGAAACUUGUUUAUGUGCAACCCCCCGGUGAUUUCAAAGUACCUCACUAUGUGGUGAAGGAGGCCGCGGUACUCGCUGAGGGGUUUAAUGUACGAAUGCUUGACCUCCUCGAUAAUGCAGAGGGUAUGAAGAGGUUGCUCAAUGAUGACCCGUUCUCCACGGUUGGUACGCUGCAGUUUGCCAAGAUGUCAUCGAAGUGUAUUCCUGACUUUAUGUCGUAUAUAGUUGAAAGCCAAAUGUUAAGUUACUACACCAAGGAAUACCGCAAUACUCUGCGCGUCACAGGUGGUGGAGCCUUUAAGUACGCUGCUCUCGCCAAAAAGAUGGAUUUGAAUUUUUCUGUGAUGAGGGAGAUGAGUGCAGUUGUACAUGGCCUCGGUGUUGUUAUAGGAAGGGCCCCGGAGACCAUCUUUACUGUGGACCCGGCCACUGGUGAACGCCAUCCACACCGCUUGAAGAGCCCCCCUGGAGAGCCGUUUUCCCCUUAUCCGUGCUUGCUUGUGAAUAUUGGCUCAGGCAUUUCCAUAAUCAAGUGUCUUGGUCCCGAUGGGUCGCACGUGCGUAUCGGAGGAAGUCCAAUGGGUGGAGCGACAUUUUGGGGUCUUGUGCGCACCAUGACAGCCGUUACGUCGUGGGAGGAAAUAACUGAGACGAUGCGGCUCGACGGGCCGGGUGACAACAGAAAUGUGGAUCUUCUUGUUGGUGAUAUUUACGGCUACAAUGCGAAGGAUCUCCCUCCCAUGCUUUCAGUAGACACGGUUGCCAGCACGUUUGGUAAGCUUGGCACUGAACGCUUUUAUGAAUCACAGGGUAAUGUGGACAGGUUGUACGCGUCGUCCAGCGAAGACCUGAGCGGUGCAGUUUCGUCUUCCCCUGAUUCGAACCCAACGCUGCACGACGCGGUCGCCCCAACGUUGGCGUCACAUGGAAAGACAUCGGAGAUCGACAUUGUGAGGUCCUUGUUGAACAUGAUAUCGAGCAAUGUCACUCAACUUGCCUACCUUCAUAGCCGCGUGCAGGAUGUACACAACAUCUUUUUUGCCGGUGGCUUUGUCCGCAACAAUCCCAUUGUUUGGAGCCAUAUCAGUUCCUUUAUGGCGUACUGGUCAAAAGGUGAGUGCCAUGCACAUUUCUUGGGGCAUGACAGUCACCUCGGAGCCCUGGGCGCGGCGACAAACACAGAGGAACAUGUGUCCUGA